UCUAUAAUUAUUUUAUUAUAUAUUCCAGUGUAAUAAUGGAAAUGAAGUGCCUAAUAAACGUAAAUGUGCUUAAAUCUUCUGGCCCAGCUCCUACCUCCCGGCAGCCUCGCCAGGCCCAGAACUCUCUCCAGUCAGCCUCUACAGGUGAAGCUCAUGACUCACAAUGGCCUAUUGAGGCCCAUACCCUACCUCACGGCAGUCUCCGCAGAUGAGCCUACUGCCUCACAACAGCCUCCACAGGCACAGCUCCAUCGUUCCAAUGGCCUCUUUAGACCCAGCUCCUGCCUCCCAGCCUUCUCUCCAGGCCCUGAACUUUCUCCGUGGGACCAUCCAGUUUCAGGAAAACAAGCUUAACACGCCCACUGGUUCUACAUUAUGCUCCUACCUCCCGGCAGCCUCUCCAGGCCCAGAACUUUCUCCAGUCAGCCUCUACAGACCAAGCUCAUGACUCAGCAUGGCCUAUUUAGGCCCAUACCCUACCUCACGGCAGUCUCCGCAGAUGAGCCUACUGCCUCACAACAGCCUCCACAGGCACAGCUCCAUCGUUACAAUGGCCUCUUUAGACCCAGCUCCUGCCUCCCAGCCUUCUCUCCAGGCCCUGAGCUUUCUCAAGUUGACCUCACCAGGCCCAGCUCAUGCUUCUUUGCAGCCUCUCCAGGCCCAGCUCCUGCAUCUUGGUGGCCCCUCCAGGCCCAGCCUCUGCGUCCCGUCGGCCUCUACAGUCCCAACUUCUGCCUCACUGCAGAUUCUUCAGGCCCAGCAUCUGCCUCACUGUGGACCCCCUAAGCCAAGCUCCUAACCUUUCAGCAGCUUCUACACACCCAGCUCCCGCCUGCCAGUGGCCUCUUCAGGCCCAUGGGGCUCAUUCCUCACAACAGCCUUUCCAGGCCCAGUUUUUCCCUUCUGGCGGCCUCUCCGGGCUGAGAACCUCCUCAAUCAGCCUCUCCAGACCCACUUGCACCCUCCGGGCAUCCUCUCUGGGCCAAGCUCCUCUUCCUGGCUGUGUCUCCAGGCCCGACUCCUGCCUCUCAACAACCUCUUUGGACUCAGUGCCUACCGAUCUCCUGGCGUCCUUGGUCGGCCCACAGCUUCCUCAAGCCAAGCUCCCCAGGCCCAGGUCAGGCCUCACGGUGCCCCCUCCACGAUGAGCUCCUGCCCUCCAAUGGCACCUGCAGGCCCCAAAUGGUCUCCGGUCGGUGGGCUCCUCCACGCCAAGCUUGGGCCUCCCGGCGACCUCUGCAGGCCCACGUUGUCCUGAAGUUGGCAUCUCCCGGCCCUGCCUCCCAGCAAGUAAGCAAGCUCUUUUGGCUCAACUCCUGCCCAGCUCCCAACCGCCUUUGUGGGCCCCGAACUUUCUCCAGCCAAGUUCUUCGGGCCUAAUUCCUGCCGCCCGGUGGCCUGUACGGGCCCAGCAAUGGUUGGAGAACGGCCUCUGCAGGUCCCACUCUUGCCUCCCAGGGGCCUCUCCAGGCCCAGCUCUUGACCCCACGGCGGCCUCCUGGGGCCAAGUCCCUGCCUGCCUCCCAGCAGCCCGCGUGCAGCCCAGCUCCUCACUCACGAUGGCCUGUUGAUGCCCAUGCCUCUGGUACCCUGCCCAGAGGCAUGAUCCCCUGCCACACACUGGCUCCUCCCACGCUGAGAGAGGUCAGCGUGAGCCCUUGCCUCACACCGGCCCCUCCCAUGCUGAGAGAGGUCAGCGUGAGCCCCUUGCCUCACACCGGCCCCUCCCACGCUGAGAGAGGUCAGCGUGAGCCCUUGCCUCACACCGGCCCCUCCCACGCUGAGAGAGGUCAGCGUGAGCCCCAUGCCUCACACCGGCCCCUGCCACGCUGAGAGAGGUCAACGUGAGCCCCUUGCCUCACACCGGCCCCUCCCAGGCUGACAGAGGUCAACGUGAGCCCCUUGCCUCACACCGGCCCCUCCCACUCUGUGAGAGGUCAGUGUGAGCCCUUGCCUCACACCGGCCCCUCCCACGCUGAGAGAGGUCAGCGUGAGCCCCUUGCCUCACACCGGCCCCUCCCUCGCUGACAGAGGUCAGCGGGAGCCCCUAGCUUCACACCAGCCCCUCCCAGGCUGACAGAGGUCAGCCUGAGCCCCUUGCCUCACACCUGCCCCUCCCUGGCUGACAGAGGUCAGCCUGAGCCCCUUACCUCACACCGGCCCCUCCCACACUGAGAGAGGUCAGCGUGAGCCCUUGCCUCACACCGGCCCCUCCCACGCUGAGAGAGGUCAGCAUGAGCCCUUGCCUCACACCGGCCCUUCCCACGCUGAGAGAGGUCAGCGUGAGCCCUUGCCUCACACCGGCCCCUCCCACGCUGAGAGAGGUCAGCGUGAGCCCUUGCCUCACACCGGCCCCUCCCACGCUGAGAGAGGUCAGCGUGAACCCCUUGACUCACACCGGCCCCUCCCACGCUGAGAGAGGUCAGCGUGAGCCCUUGCCUCACACCGGCCCCUCCCACGCUGAGAGAGGUCAGCGUGAGCCCCUUGCCUCACACCGGCCCCUCCCACGCUGAGAGAGGUCAGCGUGAGCCCUUGCCUCACACCGGCCCCUCCCACGCUGAGAGAGGUCAGCGUGAGCCCCUUGCCUCACACCGGCCCCUCCCACGCUGAGAGAGGUCAGCGUGAGCCCUUGCCUCACACCGGCCCCUCCCACGCUGAGAGAGGUCAGUGUGAGCCCUUUGCCUCACACCGGCCCCUCCCACGCUGAGAGAGGUCAGUGUGAGCCCUUGCCUCACACCGGCCCCUCCCACGCUGAGAGAGGUCAGCGUGAGCCCCUUGCCUCACACCGGCCCCUCCCACGCUGAGAGAGGUCAGUGUGAGCCCUUGCCUCACACCGGCCCCUCCCACGCUGAGAGAGGUCAGCGUGAGCCCCUGCCUCAACAGGCCACCGUGAGGGAGGAGCGGGGUCGCAUGCGGGCUGCUGGAGGCAGGCAGGGACUUGGGCCUGGGAGGUCGCGGUGGGGCGAGAGCUGGGUUUGGAGACACCCCUGGGAGGCAACAGCGGGGCCUACAGACUCUGUUCUCCAGCCAGAGCUGGGACUGUUCAGGUACUGGGAGGCGGGAUGUGGGUCUGAAGAGCUUGGUUGCAGAAACUUCGGGGUGUACAAACGCAGGCGGGAGCUGAGCCAAAAAAGCUUGUUUGCUGGGACGCGGGAGAUGCAACCAGGAGAAACAGCUAUGCCUGCAGAGGCCGCCAUGUGGGAGGCGGAGGCCGGGCCUCCUCAAAUCGGCCUCUCCAGACCCACUUGCAGCCUCCCGGCAUCCUCUCCGGGCCCAGCUCUUCCUCCCGGCUGUGUCUCCAGGCCUGACUCUGGCCUCCCAACAACGUCUUUGGACUCAGCUCCUGCCCAGCUCCCAGCGGCCCUGGUAGGCCCACCACUUCCCGAAGCCAAGCUCCCCAGGCCCAGCUCAGGCCUUCGGGUGGCCUCUCCAGGCUCAGCUCCUGCCCUCCAAUGGCAAGGUCAGUGGGCUCCUCUAGGCCCAGCUUGGGCCUCCCGGCGGCCUCUGCAGGCCCAAAUCGUCCUGAAGUCGGUCUCUCCAGGCCCAGCUCCGGCCUCCCGGCGGCCUCUGCAGGCCCAAGUCGUCGUCAAGUCGGCCUGGAAUUGGGCCUGGAAGAGCAGCAAGUCGGCCUCCCCGGGCCCAGCUCCGUCCUCUCGGCGGCCUCUCCAGGUGCAAAACUUCCUCGAGUCAGCCUCUCCAGGCCCAGCUCCUCCUGCCUCCCAGUGGCCUCUUUCAGCCCAGACCAGCUCAUGGCUCUUGGCGGCCUUCCCAGGCCCCGCUUUUGACUUUUGGUGGCCUCUUCAGGCCCAGAACUUGACCUCCAGUGGGCCUUUGCAGGCCCGGCCUCCUGCCUCUCGAUGGCCUGCACGGGCCCAGACUCACAGCGGACUCACAGCGGACUCUCCAUGCCCAGCUAGUUCUCGCCUCAUUGUGGUCUCCCGAGUCCAAAGCUCCUGCCUCGGCCGCUUCAGCAGGCCCAGCUCCCGCCUGCCAGUGGGCUCUUUAGGCCCAGCUCAUUCCUCACAACGGCCUUCCCAGGCCCCGUUUUUCCCUUCCGCCAGCCGCUUGGCCUCUAAGUUGUUUAUCUUUUGUGUAUAAAUCCCAAAAUAUUGAAUUUUGGAAUAUUUCCACCAUUAUGUAAA